UGAGAGUGUAGUCAGAUUUCACGGGACAAAGUAGUUCUCCCAAACACUUCAAUAUCUAUGGCUUCUUUAGCGGUGGAAACCUGCAAUAUGCAGGUGGACAUUGAUGAGAAGAACACACAUCAUGAUGUAAGGUCUCAGUGGGUGCUUAACGCUCCUGAGCCCCCAAGUCCAUGGCGUGUGGUUGCAGAUUCUGUGAGGAAAACCAUCUCCAAUUGUCGAGAAAAGUUUUCCCCUCUCAGAAAUCAACCCUGCACCACACUUGUGCUUUCAGUUUUGCAGGGGAUUUUUCCUAUUCUUAACUGGGGCAGAAACUAUACUGCUACUAAAUUCAGGAAAGAUUUUCUUGCAGGCCUCACUAUUGCAAGUCUCUGUAUUCCCCAGAGCAUUGGGUAUGCCACCCUAGCACACCUUGAUCCUCAAUAUGGCCUUUAUACAAGUGUUGUACCACCUCUUAUCUAUGCUGUAAUGGGAACUUCGAGAGAGAUAGCAAUUGGUCCUGUGGCAGUGGUUUCGCUGCUUUUAUCCUCAAUGAUCCAGAAAUUAAUAGACCCUGCUGUUGAUCCUGUGGGUUAUACAAAGCUGAUUUUGCUUACCACUCUCUUUGCUGGUAUCUUUCAAACUGCGUUUGGACUCUUCAGGUUGGGGUUCCUUGUGGAUUUCUUAUCCCAUGCUGCAAUUGUUGGAUUUGUAGCAGGAGCAGCCGUUGUGAUUGGUCUUCAACAGUUGAAGGGACUUUUAGGAAUCACUUAUUUUACCACCAAAACCGACAUAAUCUCUGUCAUGAAAGCUGUCUGGGAAGCAGCAGUUCAUAAUCCCUGGAACCCUCGUAAUUUUAUCCUCGGAUGCUCGUUCUUGGUCUUCAUCCUAACAACUAGAUUUCUGGGUAAAAAGAAGAAGAAGCUAUUCUGGUUGGCAUCAAUCUCUCCUCUUGUAUCUGUUAUACUGUCAACUCUAGUUGUUUUUCUGACACGAGCAGAUAAAAAUGGAGUUAAAAUUGUUAAAUACGUUAAAGGGGGACUGAAUCCAAGCUCCAUUCAUCAGUUAGAUUUCAAUAACCCCAAUGUUGGAGAAGUCGCCAAAAUUGGACUAGUCGUUGCUGUUGUUGCCCUUACUGAAUCUGUUGCUGUUGGACGGUCUUUUGCAUCCAUCAAAGGGUACCAACUUGACGGAAACAAGGAGAUGGUGUCAAUAGGCUUCACAAACAUCAUAGGCUCUUUAACCUCCUGCUAUGUUGCAACUGGUUCGUUCUCGCGUACUGCGGUCAAUUAUGCAGCUGGCUGUGAAACUUUAGUGUCAAACAUUGUGAUGGCCGUCACCGUCUCAAUAUCACUGCAGUUUUUGACAAAGCUCUUAUAUUAUACCCCAACAGCUAUUCUUGCUUCAGUAAUCCUCUCUGCUCUCCCAGGACUCAUUGACAUCAAUGAAGCUUACAAAAUUUGGAAGGUUGAUAAGCUUGACUUUCUUGCUUGCUCUGGAGCCUUCUUUGGUGUACUCUUUGCAUCUGUCGAGAUUGGUCUUCUAGUGGCGGUGGUAAUAUCCUUUUCAAAGAUCAUUCUCAUUUCUAUUCGACCUGGCACAGAAACUCUAGGAAAACUUCCUGGAACUGAUUUGUUCUGCGAUGUGUAUCAAUAUCCAAUGGCAGUGAAGAUUCCUGGGGUUAUGAUAAUACGUGUCAAGUCUGCAUUGCUUUGCUUUGCAAAUGCCAAUUUCGUUAGAGAAAGGAUUAUCAAAUGGGUCACUCAGGAAGAAUCAGAAGAUGACAAGGGAAAUUCAAAAAGCACUAUUCAACUUGUUAUUCUUGACACCUCCAAUUUGGUGAACAUUGACACCUCCGGAAUUGCUUCUCUAGAGGCACUGCACAAGAGUUUGUCUUCCAAGGGGAAACAGUUAGCCAUUGCAAACCCAAGGUGGCAAGUGAUUCACAAGCUAAAGGUGUCCAACUUUGUCACCAAAAUCGGUGGCAGAGUCUUUCUGACUGUUGAAGAAGCUAUUGGCUGCAAAAGCGAGUGCUAAGUUAGAUGACUAUUACUAGCUAAGAACAAUAAGAACAAUAUCUAAUAGCCAUUUGCCUUGUUGGAAAAUCAUAACAGUACUUUAUUAUGUGUGCUUGUAUCUUGGAUUUCCAGUCCCAUAGUACGUUAUGUACGAAAUGGGACAGUAGAAUUAUAAGUCAUCUUGUAAUUCUUGUUGGAGAUGCUGUGUGUUUCUAUCCAUGUAAGUGCUUAUUAAAAUAGCAGUUUGAUGUGGCAUGUGUAAAAUAUAGGUAAG